UGCCUUGGGUAAUUUAUGUCAAGUCAAUCGAGUUGCCAAUUUCGGUGUAAAUAAUCUUAUGAACCAUGGACGUGGGGUGUACCAGUCUGUUACUUUUUAAUAAAGCAUGAACAUGACAGAGUUACAAGUGUGUGUGUGAGAGAGAGAGAGAAAGAGAAUGAAAUUAAAAAAAUAAAGUGGAGAAUAAAAAAUGACUAAUAAGCUGACACAGCUAACACAAAACCCAUUUGAUAUAACAAUGAACCGCCAGAUCCUCCACCUCCUGCCGCCCUCUCUCCGCCGGCGCCGGCGCCGCCUCAAAGUUCCUCCCCUAGUGGUCCACAUAAUCCUAUUACUACUGUACUUGUCCAUAGCAAAAUUAAUUUGUCGUUAUUAGGGGAAAUUCUUGUCUGCUCAGAAGUUUGUUGAACUGAAAAUUAUGGCUUCUUUCCUUUAUUUGUUGAGACGAGAUUGAACACAGACGCAACAGAAACACAACAUAAACCAUACCUCUUCGUUCGGUCCCAUCUCACUAUUCUCUGAACAUUCAUAUGUAGCCACGCACGCCUCUUACCCCACCCCCUUUAACCCCCCUACCCCAACCCAACUCUUUUUUUUUUUCUUCUAAACUUGUCUAAGCUAUUAGUAAAACUUUGUCUUUGUGUAAACUGACUAUAUUUUUUUUUACUGAAGAUUAACCAUAAAAAGGCAGGCAGGAGGUGGUAGUUAUUAUUAAUUUCCUUAUAUAUGUCUUUUUUUUAACUCUAUUUUCCUCAUUUACAAAAGGGUAAUUAUCUACUAGUUGGAAUUUUAUAGAAAUUCUCAUGCUCUUCAAUUUUUAGUUCCUUAUAUAUAUGAUUAGAUAAUCUCAAAGGAAGGAUUGACCGUAUAAACGUUGACGAAAAGUUUGAGAUUUAAUUACAAUCAUAUCUCUAGGGACUGAAGGGGUUGACUUGCAUGUGUGUGCAUUUACUUAAUCUGAAUUUGUGAUUUGUGGAAGAAGAGAAGUUUCACUAUAAAAACUGAUUGAAAUAAGUUUCUUUUCUCAAUCAAGGAAAAAGUGGAAAAGAGUGAGAUGGAGGAUCAAUUAGGUGGAAGAUCAUCGGGAGAGAAUGAUCGGAAUCAGCAGCAAAGAAGAAUGAAGAUGCCGGAAAACAACUCAGCUUCGCCGGCACAACCACCGCCGCAGAAAUGCCCUCGUUGUGAUUCAAACAAUACCAAGUUUUGCUACUACAACAAUUACAGUUUGACUCAGCCUCGCUAUUUCUGCAAGACGUGUAGGAGGUACUGGACUCAAGGUGGAACCCUAAGGAACGUCCCCGUCGGCGGUGGUUGCCGUAAAGGUAAACGCACAAUGAAGGGCGGCGGUUCAUCUUCAUCAUCAGCUGGUGAUAGUUCAUCUAGAUCUCAUCAUCAAGUACUAUAUCCGCCGCAGAUACCGAAUUUAUCAGCUGCUGCAGCUGCUUUUUUCUCAGGUAACAAUUCGAGAUCUCAACCGCCACCACUUCCGUCAAUGAGUUCUCUGUAUACCGGUGGUAGUGGUGUUGGUGGUGGAGGAUUUUUAUCUUCUUUAACUGCCAUGCAAUCAAUGAGUCAAUUAUCCCAAGGUAUCAAUAAUCAAUCUCAGCUAGGAGUAAUUUCAGGCACCAAUAAUAAUAACAACCAAUUUGGUAAUUUCAAUAUUCCAACUCCUCCUCCUAAGGUUCAAAUUGAUCAACAAAUGGAGAGUACUGGAUUUUACCAAAAACCCAAUUUGGAAUCAUCUUUUUUCCCAUCUGAUCAAACGUUGCAGUUUCAACCUGCAAGGCCUUUGGGUUCAUGGACACAAAGGUUCAUCAACAACAACAAUAAUAAUAUUUGGCCAAAUAGCUCAGCCAGUAACACUAGCAGCGGAGCUGCUAGUAGCUCCGCUGCUAAUGCAUCUCUUGAUCCGAAUGAUCAUCAGUGGCCCGAUCUUCCAGGGUUCGGCCCAUCUCCAUGAGAUUUAAGGUUUCUUCAAUGGGAGAAAUUUUUCAAUGGUAAUUAAGGUUAUUUAAUCUCUGCGUUUUUUUAGUAAAACGCAGAAAAUAUAAUACAAAGAGACAUGAGGGGAAAAAAGGGGGUUAACCUUAGCCUAGCUAGCUAAUAUUAUUGUAUGAUGUAUUUACCUUCUUAUAGAGAAAUUCUGGAUUGGGUUAGGUUUGUAUUUUUCAAACUUUUGAUCUAUAAAGUUAAAUGUGUUUGUAUGUUA